AUCGAGCCCAAACAGAGCAAAUGGCCCAAACUCAUCUCUUGGUGGCAGAUCCUGGGCACACUCGAACACAGACCACCCCUCAUUUAUUAACGCAAUACCCGAUCACGUAGUACCUACUCCGCGUGAGGGGUAACACUCUUAUCAGGGCUACCAGGGAAGUUGCCACUGGCCCUUAGAUAUGUAAUCAGAUAGCGCCCCCGCGACCUUCCCUGAUCGCAGGAGCGGCGAGAUUGUUGUUGAGGCUCCCAGCUCGCGGACAUGGACCGCAUUCACCUGGUCCUAUUGGCUGUGAUUCCGGUCAUCUUGCUGCUGGUAACUAGGCUAGCUCGCCGACUCAUCCCUCGGCAACCGAAGGGGAUCCGGGAGCCGAAAUCUCCAUAUCUGCUCGAUUUUCCCCCGUCCCGGCGACAUGUCCUUGCCCGGCUUCCCCAAUUCGAAAUGGGUGCCAAGCCAGCUGCGAUCCCGGCUGAGGUCUUGAGGGCUCAGGCGCUCCCGACGACGGUAGGGGAGUCGAAUAUCAGACGGGACACCUACUACACGACGACCGGGCUAUCGACCCGAGAGGUCGACCUCCUGGGCCGCUUCCCCGACUACGCCCUUCUGAGCGGCGUCCCCCACCCCGAGCCAUGCAGUCCAUCCUGGGACAUCUCCAAAGCCGUGUUCCGACCGUUCAGGCCAUUCCGCUGGAAAUACCACCAGCACAUGGCACUAAUGAAAUACGACCCCAAAUUCUGGAUCGAGCUAACGCGGGACUACCACACCACCCUCUCAGCCCGCCAAUCCCUCCUCCUCGCCCACCCUUCCGAAAUCCUCUUCCAAACCCCCUCGCCGGCAUGCACCCUGGCCGUGCGCGAGCUGAUGGAAUCCCUCCUCCAGUUCCUCACCCGCCGCUACCCGCAACACUUCUCCCUCUCCGCCGACGACGACCGCACCCUCUUCCACAACGCCCUCCUCGGAACCACCACCAACCUGCUCACCACCCCUCCCUUGCGGGUCAUCUUCGAGCAUAUCCCCGAGGACUACGCGCUCAUGCUCCGCGACCCGAGCGAUGGGCGGUACUACCUGCGCGCCGCGGCCGUAUGCUCUUCUGUUGGGUGGCAUAUUGCACAGCACCGUGAUAAGCCGCUGCGGGAGAUUCAUGGGGAGGUGCCGGAUGCCGGUAGGAUGGGGAUGAGUAUGGAUCGCUGGUUUGCGCGGCUGGCGACGGAUGGGCCCGUGGCGAGGUGCUCGUGGAGUUUGGAGGAUUGGGAGGUCAUGUUUGCUUCGCCUGCUGUGGAGGAGAGGGAGGGGAGGGCGUGGAGGAGGGGCAGGUUUAGUGUUGCUGAUAGUACUAGUGGGGAAGAAGGUGGUGAAGUGGGGUUGACGGUGAGGGAUGUCAGGCUGAGAUGUGAUGCGCAGACUCUUAGGAGGUUGCCGGUCAGUGGGGCGGUGGUGUUUAACUUCAAGGCUGUGUUUACGCGGUUGGAGGAGCUGAGGGACGAGCCGUUUGUUCCGGCGCUGUUGGGGACUGUGUUGCGGGAGGGGAAGAAGGAGUUGGUUGAGUAUAAGUGCGAGGAGCAUGUGAGGAGGGUGGCGAAUGAGGCAUUGAAUGCGUGGGCUGCUGAGCAGGUGGAGCAAGGAGUUGUGCCGUCGGAUUGGGAUGUUGGGACGCUCGAUGAAAGUCCCUUCUUCCCUGGGUGGCAGGAGAAAUGGCGGAGACAGCAGGGGCUGGGAUAGGAAGGUGAGGGGGCCACAUGGUCGGGAGUAUACGUCCUGAGUAAAUGCUCACGUAACACACUGCUCGUUCCGGAUUCAUUGAAGCACAGCUCCCUUUCAUGUCCACGUUUGUCCUAAGGAUCAACUCUUCCUCUUCUUCCUGCUUUUGUGGACGCUGGAAGGCCUUCCCUUUAGGGGGAAGCCUGUGCUAGAGGCAGGCUAGAGGUCAGCGACAGGACAUGGAGGUUGUGCCCUUUUUGGGCAGGGCUUCCAUUUCUCCCCCCAAGUCAGACCACAAGGCAGAGCGAGGACCAGUUCACAACCGGAUAAGAGGGGAAACAGGAUACCUAGAAAUCUAGCUACCCGGUGGCUUUAUUGAUGAACCGGCUUUAAAGCCGACCAAGGGAGCGAACUAAUGGUUACAUUGAC